UGCGACGCGGACCCUUCCGCCGCGGAACCCGGCUCUGCGGCUGCUGCUGCGGGGCGGAACCGGGCGGCAACGGACACGGCCCGGACCCGGAGCUGGCCCCGCUGCCGGCCAUGGCGCGGGACCCGGCCUUUGUCCUGCGGUACCUGGCCGAGGUGGAGGAGCUGGCCGAGGACGUGCUGGCGGCGCGGCAGCAGAUCGUGGAUCUGGACGUGAAGCGAAACCGGAACCGCGAGGCCCUGCGGGCGCUGCAGAAGAGCCAGGAGCCUGAUGGCAUGGCCAUGGUGUGCUUCGGGAGCAUGUUCAUCGAGCUGCCCGCGGCGCAGACCCGGGACAUGCUGCGGAAGGACCAGGAGCAUCUGGAUGAGGAGAUAAACAACCUCCGCAAAGAGCUGCGUGUGAAGGUGAACCGCCUCUAUGAAGCCCAAGGUAAACCUGAGCUGAAGGGAUUUAACCUGAACCCCAUGAGUGCCGAGGAAAUGAAGCUGAUCAAUCGCAUCCUGGAGGGCUGAAGCGGCCUUGCCAUUGUCACUGUGUGUACUCGGGCUGUCACCUCUGCAGCUCGCACCACAGCAUCCUAUGGGGUUUGCUG